AUGGCGACAACCUUCAGCUACACCUUCGACUCCCCGGCGUACAAGGGCACGAGUACCUUCGAGACCGGUGUAUACAUCGACGGCAAGUUCAGAGACGGUGCGAAUGGGACGACCAUCGAUGUGAUUAACCCUGCUACUGGCGAGCUCAUCACCAAGGUCGCAGAGGCGGUUGCCGCGGACGUUGACGCCGCAGUCAUCGCCGCACAAAAGGCCUUCGACACCGUUUGGGGAUUGAAGGCCAACGGCGCGCGCCGCUCGGAGUUGCUCAACAAGCUCGCGUCGCUUAUGGAGGCGCAUAGCGAUGAGCUGGCUGCACUGGAGGCAUUGGAUAAUGGGAAAACGCUGUUCUGGGCGAAGAACGCAGAUAUUCGUGGAAGCAUCGCUACCAUCAAGUACUACGCCAGUCUCGCGCAGACGAUCGCGGGACAGACCAUUGAGACCGACGAAAGCAAGAUGACCUACACGCGACAUGAACCCAUUGGCGUUGUUGGACAGAUCAUUCCUUGGAAUUUCCCACUCUUGAUGAUGUCGUGGAAGAUCGGUCCAGCACUGGCGACGGGCAACACGAUCGUUCUGAAGCCGUCUGAGCUGACGCCACUCACCGCGCUGCGCAUGGGCAGUCUCAUCAAGGAGGCGGGCUUCCCAGACGGUGUCGUCAACAUCCUCAUUGGAUAUGGUCCAGUGGCGGGCCAGGCUAUUGCGGAGCAUAACGAUAUCGAGAAGGUCGCAUUCACGGGGUCGACCCUCGUGGGACGAAAGAUCAUGACUGCUGCGGCGAACUCGAAUCUAAAGGAUGUCACCCUUGAAUUAGGAGGGAAGAGCCCUACCAUUAUCUUCGAUGACGCGGAUUUGGACCAGGCAGUCAAAUGGGCUGUUCAUGGGAUCUUUUGGAAUCAGGGCCAGUCCUGUAUCGCUAACUCACGCGUCUACGUGCAGGAUGGUAUCUACGAUGCCUUCGUGGCCAAGUUUGUGGAAGCAGCAAAGAAUCGUGUGCUUGGGGAUCCAAUGGCGGCGACAAGCGAGCAAGGACCGCAGGUCAGCAAAGGGCAACUCGACCGCAUCAUGGGCUUCAUCAAGUCGGGCAAAGAGGCUGGCGCCACACUGCUCUGCGGUGGUGAGCAGCACGGCACGAACGGGUACUUCGUACAGCCAACGCUCUUCACGGACGUCUCCGACGACAUGGAGAUCGUGCGCGAGGAGAUCUUCGGCCCCGUCGGCGUGCUGAUCCGCUUCACGGACCCCGCCGACGCGAUCAAGCGCGCGAACGACACCAAGUACGGGCUUGCGGCAAGCGUCUUCACCGAAAACCUUAAGCGCGCGAUCGAGACGGCCAACCAGCUCAAGGCGGGCACCGUCGGCGUCAACACGACCAAUAACCCCGACCCGAAGGUGCCGUUUGGCGGGUACAAGCAGAGUGGAAUCGGACGGGAGCUCGGCGAGUAUGCGCUGCGGCAUUACACAGCGGUCAAGGCGGUGCAUUUGAAUCUUGGCUGGCGGUUGUGA